CUCAGAGUGUGUCGGGGAUAUUUUUUUAAUUGCCUGUCUCUCUUCUAUUUUCUCUACAGUGAGCUUGCUGUAGUUGUGCAUUCAUUUAGCUGAUGUUUCCUGCACACUUGCCAUGGCUGCCUGGGAGCAGGCAGGGCAGGGGAGCCAUAGAGGAGACGGGUCGUGCUGGGCUAUACCACCAUCGUGACUGUUCCCAGUUAAGGAAACAGACUCGCAGAGCCGAAUUACACAGCUGGGGGGCCUGGAUCAGAACCAGAGAGCUCGGCUCUGUGGGGCGUGGCGAUUCAGGCUGUCAGUGCCCGGGACCCACUGCACGUCCGGGCAAUUCAGGCUCCUUACCUGCCCUGUCUGCCCUCCUCUCCCCAUUGAGCCCCCUGCCCCAGCCGCCCUGGCCCAGGCUCAUUCCUGCCCCAGAGCCUAUGCCAACUCUGCCUAUACGUUCUUUGGCUAUUUUUACUAUUUUUUUAAUUUAAAAAAGAUUUAAACAUUUGAUCCAACUGGAAUUCAUUGGGUUGGGGGGAGGAGUAAGAAGUAAGACAGAGAUCCGGUUUUAUUUGUUUUUCCCAAAUUACUACUCAAUAGCAAGUCUUAUUUUCUCACUGGUUCUACGCAGGAAAACUACACCUUUGUAAAUGUGUAACUGUCUGCCUUGCUGAACUCUCUCGUUAGCUUAAUAGCUUCUCAGAUGAUAAAGGCAACCAUCUUGUGUGAAUUUGCCGCCUUCCUUUAAUGAUUUACUUAUUCCUCUUUAUUAGGCAUGUCAUUUAUCGCCUCCCCCAUCUCCUGCUGAGGCUAGGGCAGUGAGUCAGCUCCCACCAUGAACUGUGCUCCUGUCGGAUUCUUCUGGCGUGUCUCAGCUUUGGGGAACGUUAUUCAUAAGCUAGCUCGUCACUAGUCACCACUGGUUUGACUCUAUCAUGAAUUACAGUAUUUACCAAUAUGCAGUGACUCUGGCUCUCAAUUGAUACUUUUGGCAUCAAAUUCCACAGUGGGGAAAAUGAGGCACAGAGAGGCAAAGGCACUCACCAGAGGUCUCCCAGCUUCCAGGUGGCAGAGCUGGGCUGGAGCCCAGGCAGCUGGCCCCAGAGUCUCACUCCCAGCCUCUCCUAUAUUUUUGCUCAGACUGGGGGUGAAUCAAAAACAAUAGCAGCACAGGUGGUAAACACAGGUAGUAUGUCCACGUGGUUCACAGAUCAAAACUAUAUAAAACGGUCUACACGGAGGUGUCUCAAACAUUGCAGCAGUUCCUGUGUGUCCUCCAGGGCUGCUCUGUGCAAAUACAAGCAAAGAGAACACAUCCUUCCUCCUCUUCCCCUGUGUCCAAAAGGCAGCACACCGUCUACCCACCUAGAUUUUGUUCACUUAUCAACAGAGUCUCGAGACCUGUCCCUACACCAGAGGGCUUUCCUGCAGCCUCAGUGCUUCUCACAGGUGCGUGGAAUUCCAACAGCUAGACAUCCCUGUCAUCAGCCCGUCCUCUAUUGAUAGGCGUUUGGGUCGUUUCCCAAAUUUUGCUACUACCAACAAGGCCACAAGUAAUGAUAACCUCGUACGUACAUCAUUUUGUGCAGGGCAGGUAACCUUUGGCUUUGGGACCAUCUCACGGUGAGAAAUGGUCCCUUGGAGUGGUUGUCAAUUGACAUUCCCCAAGGUGAAUGAAAGUGAUAAUCUUUUCAUAUGUUUAAGUCUUAUUUGUACUUUUUUCUCUUACUGUUCAUAUCCUUUGCCCACUUCUCUAUUGGGUCUUUCUUUCUUAAUUGAUUUACAUUGCAAAUAUUUUCCCCCCGGGUUGUCAUGUCUUUUGAUCUUGCUGUUGGCAUUUUUUGCAGAAAGAGUUUUGUUUGUUUAUUUGUUUGCUUUCGUGCAUUUUAAUAUUUAUGCAGUUGAAUGUGUCAAACUUUUCUUUUGUGGUCUCUGGACUUAUGAGUCAUGGUUAAGGAAGCCUUCCCCACUGGAAGUUUAGUUAUAAGGAAUUUGUCCGUGUUUUCUGCUAAUAAAAAGCCAACCUGUUCACGGGGAGGGGAAUGAUGAGAGAAUACUCUGGGCCCAGAAGCACCAUCUUCCGUUAGACAGUGAACCCGACGCUGCUCACCUGGUGUUUUCCUCCGUCGACCCCCAUGCAGGCUGAUCUGGGGAGGCAGCAGCCUCCUCCGGCUCAGGGCUGACACCAGCAUGGCUCUCCUCAUGCACCUGCUGGUCUGCACCUUCGGGCUGGGCUCCUGGGUGGCCAUCAACGGGCUCUGGGUAGAGCUGCCCCUACUGGUGAUGGAGCUGCCCGAGGGCUGGUUCCUGCCCUCCUACCUCACGGUGGUCAUCCAGCUGGCCAACGUCGGCCCCCUCCUGGUCACCCUGCUCCAUCGCUUCCGGCCCGGCUGCCUUUCCGACGUGCCUGUCGUUUUCGCCGUGGUGGCUGUGGGCACUGUCACCUGCAUCCUCCUGGCUUUCCUCUGGAACGUCACCUCCAGGGUGCAGGGCAACUACUACAGCAUCGCCUUUGUCAUCCUCACCUUCUUCCUGGCCCUGGUGGACUGCACCUCCUCCGUCACCUUCCUGCCCUUCAUGAGCCGGCUGCCCCCCCGCUACCUCACCACCUUCUUUGUGGGCGAAGGACUCAGCGGCCUCCUGCCUGCCCUGGUGGCUCUCGCCCAGGGCUCGGGUCUCACCACCUGCGUCAACGUCACUGAGACAUCAGACACCACCCUACGCCCGCAGACCACCGGGAACACCAACACCACACAGGGAGCGAGCAUUUUUGUGUCCGCCCUCACGGGGACGGCGCCCUCCGUGGCCCAUCUGCAAACCCGCUACCUCCCCGCCAACUUUUCGCCCCUGGCCUUCUUCCUCCUGCUCUCCUUCAUGAUGGCCUGCUGCCUCCUUGCGUUCUUUCUCCUCCAGCGUCAGCCCAGGCACUGGGAAGCCUCGAGAGAAGACAUCCUCUCCUCUCAGGUCACCCUCCACUCCAUCCGACCGCGGGAGGAGAAGGAGCUGGGGCCCCCGGGCCUGGUGGACAGCGGCAAGGGCCAGGGGCAGCUGGAGGAGAAAACGGCGGCCCGCCCCCCGGCGCACCUGGCCCUCAUCUACGUCCUAGUGGCCUUUGUGAAUGCGCUGACCAACGGCGUUCUGCCCUCCGUGCAAAGCUACUCCUGCCUCUCCUACGGGCCGGUUGCCUACCACCUGUCGGCCACGCUCAGCUCCAUGGCCAACCCUCUCGCCUGCUUUCUCUCCAUGUUCCUGCCUAACAGGUCUCUGCCAUUCCUGGGGGUCCUCGCGAUGCUCGGGACUGGAUUUGGGGCCUACAACAUGGCCAUGGCCGUGAUGAGCCCCUGCCCCCUCUUGCAGGGCCACUGGGGUGGGGAACUCCUCAUCGUGGUCUCCUGGGUGCUGUUCACCGGCUGUCUGAGCUACGUCAAGGUGAUGCUUGGCGUGAUCCUGCGCGACCGUAGCCGCAGCGCCCUCUUGUGGUGCGGGGCGGCGGUGCAGCUGGGCUCGCUGCUGGGAGCCCUGCUCAUGUUCCCGCUGGUCAACGUGCUGAGGCUCUUCUCAUCUGCUGACUUCUGCAGCCUGCAGUGCUCCGCCUAGGCCCUCUGGAGGGGCAUGGUCCACCACAGGGCCCCGCCCCUGCCGCUAAUUACUAGCAGCUGGAAACCGGGACUCAGAGAGGCCAGGCGCGUGCCCAAGGUCACAGGGCACGUGGUAAGGAUCCGGGAGGCAGAGCCUGAGUGCUUGACCAUCAACACAAACUCCCACGGGCCCUGGAAAUGCAACGCACAGCACUGCCCCAACUCUGUGCCCCGGUACCUGCGAUCCCACCAUUUCAGAACUUCCUUCUUCCACUCUUGAGGAAACACUGACUCCAGCAUCCAGCUGGAGGCAGGCUCACGGGUAUUAAGAGGAAACAGCUGGGAGGGUGAACUGGCCCUUACAAGCUGUGUGACCUUGGGGAGGUCACUUGAUUUCUCUGUGCCUCUGUUUCCUCAUGCAUAAAAUGGGAAUUGUAAUACAUAGCACCUACCUCACAGGUUUGGCACACGGCAAGGGGGAGAAGCGCCCUCCUGGGCCAUUUCCUGAUCUGAUGCCCAACAGUUAUCACAAGGGUGACAGUCAACACAGCCCAGAAGUGGCCAGAGGGGUAGAGAGAGGACCCUUGCCACCCCGCAUCCUUUUCCCACUAUCCUCUCAGAGGAGUUUCUGAGGGCAGUAGCGAAUGGUGGAAUCCUGGCUUCCCAAUUCCCAGUAUGGAGGGACACUACCCCACACACCCUUUGCUGUCACUCCUGACCCUUGAAGGCCUGCUCCUUGCAGAGUAAGUGAGCUCCUUGGAAACAGAGAAGGGUGAUGGCGGGAAGGGGC